GUUCGGGAAAAAGCACAUUGGGAAAUAUUUUGGGAAAUAUUUUGGAUAAAGAUUCUUGCAAGUUUAAAACAGAAGAUAGCAAUGAUCCUGUCACCAAAAAUUGUGAAAAAUGCUCGAUUAUUUUCAAAAACAAUACUAUUGAUACACCUGGUUUAAACCAACCUACCUCAGUUAAAUUAAUUAGUAAAUCAAUCUACAAUAACUUUAAAAUAAAAGAAAUCAGAACGAUGAUUUUUGUUAUUGUAUAUGGAAGCUUCGAUAAUACAUUAAAAAUAAUAAAAUUACUUGGUGAUCAAACUGCUAGUAAUAAGAUUGUGGCGUUUACUAAACUUGAUAGAAAACAAAUAAAGGAGU